AAAUGACGGCGGCUCGUUGCAAUGAGAACGCUUGGUUGUAUCGUCGACGUAUAUAAGACAUUUUCGCCGUAGUUUCUUUCUUUGUAAUAAUGUCGGCAAACAACGAUGAUAGAGACAAUGGCCCCGAAGGUAUGGAGCCGGAAGGCAUCAUUGAGAGUAACUGGAACGAAAUCGUGGACAGUUUUGAUGAUAUGAACCUGCGUGAAGAGUUGCUCCGGGGAAUUUAUGCCUAUGGUUUCGAGAAGCCGUCUGCCAUCCAACAGAGAGCUAUUCUUCCUUGUAUCAAGGGUUAUGACGUGAUUGCCCAGGCCCAGUCUGGCACUGGAAAGACUGCCACUUUUGCAAUUUCUAUCCUCCAGCAGAUUGAUGUGGCACUGAAAGGCACCCAGGCUUUGGUCUUGGCCCCCACAAGGGAGCUGGCUCAACAGAUCCAGAAAGUGGUGCUGUCUCUGGGUGACUACAUGGGCGCCUCUUGCCAUGCUUGUAUCGGCGGAACCAACAUCCGCAACGAGGCCCAGAAGCUGCAGGCCGAAGCCCCUCACAUUGUGGUGGGGACCCCCGGCCGUGUCUUUGACAUGUUGAACCGCAGGAACAUCGUGCCGAAAACCAUCAAAAUGUUUGUUCUGGAUGAGGCUGAUGAGAUGCUGAGCCGAGGCUUCAAGGACCAGAUCUACGAGAUCUUCCGGAAACUGAAUGAGACCAUCCAGGUUGUCCUACUUUCAGCCACCAUGCCGGCUGACGUGUUGGAGGUCACCAAGAAAUUCAUGCGCGAGCCUAUUCGCAUCCUGGUCAAAAAAGAGGAGCUGACCCUUGAGGGUAUCCGCCAGUUCUACGUCAAUGUGGAGAAGGAGGAGUGGAAGCUGGACACUCUGUGCGAUCUGUACGAGACCCUGACCAUCACCCAGGCCGUCAUCUUCAUCAACACAAGGAGGAAAGUGGACUGGCUCACUGAGAAGAUGCAGUCCAGGGACUUCACCGUUUCAGCCAUGCAUGGUGACAUGGACCAGAAAGAGCGCGACCUGAUCAUGAGGGAGUUCCGCUCCGGCUCCAGUCGAGUCCUCAUCACCACUGACCUGCUGGCUCGUGGCAUCGAUGUGCAACAGGUCUCUCUCGUCAUCAACUACGACCUUCCGACCAACAGGGAAAACUACAUCCACAGGAUUGGUCGUGGCGGUCGUUUUGGCAGAAAGGGAGUCGCCAUCAACAUGGUAACCCAUGACGACAAGCGUAUCCUGCGGGACAUCGAGACGUUCUACAACACCACCAUCGAGGAGAUGCCAAUGAAUGUGGCUGAUCUUUUCUAAAAAGAAAAAAAAAAGAGCGAGCAAAAUCCAGCCGGCCUUGUUCUCCCCCCCCCCCCCCCCCCCCCCCCCCCCACAUCUACAGUUUUAAUGAGGGAAAAAAAACUUGAUGACAAUUUCAAAUUGGUGGACUUGACCAUUUCCCACUGUGGAAGGAAGACUUUGCAGCCUUGAUUCCUUCCCUGCUCCCAAAUUACUUUUUGACUCAACCUGCUUAACACUGUUUGCGACAUAAUCUCACUGAAAUUUAAUUUAAUGUGGACAUUCCAGCAUUUAUUUUUCUUGUUUGGGGCGGGCGUUCUUGUGCUAACCUGCAUCAUCGACAUGACGUUUUUAACCAUGGGAAACUCCCUUCUCCCUUGCCCAAAAAAAGCACAACCUUAGUGACAGCAUCCCAGAACAAUAACUAAACGGUAACCCAAAGUAGUAUCCUAGAGGCCAUCCUUUGGAAAAUUUGGUGUCACGCAAACAGUGUUAAGGAGACCUCCGAUGUACUUAACUUGAAUCCAGCUCAUUGGGGACUUAGACAGGGCAUGUUCAAUAAAAAGACCUGCAUAGUAAAAUCAACUUUGACCGUUUGGAGACUCUUAAAUGCUGUUUCAUACUUUAAUCUAGAGCAACCCCAAAACAAAUUGAAAGAUGAGCUUUUUAUUGCAUUUUACAAGUUCUAUCAGCAUCCUUUUCUGUCCCUUUUAUGAUCAUUGAGUGGAGGACGGCUGCCUAUAGAAUUUACGGUGAGUUUGGUUCAUGAUGGGUUUUGGCGGGGUGGGGUCUUAUUGUAUUAUAGUUGAGACUGCCUCCCUCCUCAACUGCCCGGUCCUCUUUGUAGUUUGUGUAUUUUAAAGGUUGCAUUUAUUUUCUAUUCAGAUGGUGGCCACUUUGUGUGAUCUACCUCAACAAAAUUGUGUGCCCGGUUGGUGGGUGGUUUUGGGUGUUUGCUGUUCUUUAAGGACCAAACUUGCAGUUCAGAGAUUCCACAGCCUCCUAACUCUUAAAACCUGUCUUUUGUUUGGAGGUGUAUGGUGUUUUUUUUUUUUUUUUUUUCCGUUUUUGAACAGAAAAAUAAAUUGUUAACCUUUUUGAGACAGAAACAGUGUAUCAAAAUUUUCUACAUUGGAUUCUGUAUAGUAUUUAUUUUUAAUGGGCUUUAAAAAAAAAUAAAAAUAUCACCUUU